AUGACGGUCUCGCAGAAGAUUCUGUCCAAGAUCGUGCGGAACGAGGCCAUGGCCUCGGAUCCGCACGAGAUCUAUGGCUGGCGUGUGUACAUGCUGGCUUGUUCGGCUUGUUUCGGUGCCAUGUCCUUUGGCUGGGACUCGGCCGUCAUCGGAGGCGUCAUUGUCCUGCCGCCGUUCGUCGAAGACUUCGGCCUGGGUGAUUCCAAAUCCGUCGCCACUGCCAACCUCGCUGCCAAUAUCGUCUCGACUCUCCAGGCCGGUUGCUUCGUCGGCGCGCUCCUCGCUUCCCCGCUCACGGAUCGAUUCGGUCGCAAAUGGUGCCUCGUCGGCGUCUCGCUGCUCAUCAUCAUCGGUAUCAUCAUGCAGGCCGCCGCUAGCGGCAGCUUGGGUCCCAUGUACGCCGGCCGCUUCAUCGCCGGCAUGGGCGUCGGCGCGGCUAGCACCAUCAACCCCAUCUACGUGUCUGAGAACGCGCCGCGCGCCAUCCGCGGCCUGCUCACCGGCCUGUAUCAGCUCUUCAUCGUCACUGGAGGCAUGGUUGCUUUCUGGAUCAACUACUCCGUCAGCAUCCAUUUCCCCGCCACCAAGAUCAUGUACAUCUUCCCGCUCGCCAUCCAGGCUUUACCCGCUGUCCUGCUGUGCGUGUGUAUGAUGCUCUGCCAGGAAUCUCCCCGCUGGCUCGCGCGCCAGGACCGCUGGGAUGACACUAAGCGUAUCCUGUCGCAAAUCCGCAACCUACCGCCCACUCACCCGUACGUCCAGGAUGAGUUCCAGGAGAUCGUUGACCAGCUCGAGCACGAGCGCAACAUGAUUGGCGACGCUACCUUCUGGAACCUCCAGCGCGAGAUGUGGACCAUUCCGGGCAACCGCCGCCGCGUGCUGAUCAGCAUCAUCCUCAUGAUCUGUCAGCAAAUGACGGGCACCAACGCCAUCAACACCUACGCGCCUACCAUUUUCCAGAACCUGGGCUUGACAGGUACCUCCACCUCGCUUUUCAGCACCGGCAUUUACGGCAUCGUCAAGGUCACGUCCUGCAUCUGCUUCCUGCUCUUCAUGGCCGACUCGCUUGGCCGUCGUCGCAGUCUGCUGUGGACCUCCAUCGCUCAGGGCCUUGCCAUGUUCUACAUCGGUCUCUACGUGCGCAUUGCCCCGCCCGUGCCUGGCCAAGACGUACCCCCCGCCGGCUACUUCGCCCUCGUCUCGAUCUUUCUCUUUGCUGCAUUCUUCCAAUUUGGCUGGGGCCCUGCUUGCUGGAUCUACGCUAGUGAAAUUCCCGCUGCUCGUCUUCGCUCCCUUAAUGUAGCUUACGCCGCCGCGACCCAGUGGCUCUUCAACUUUGUUGUCUCGCGUGCCGUGCCCAACAUGUUGGUCACCGUCGGAAGCAACGGUUACGGAACAUACCUCCUCUUCGGUUGUUUCUGUUUCUCCAUGUUUUUCUUCGUCUGGUUCUUCGUGCCCGAGACCAAGGGUGUAUCGCUCGAGGCUAUGGACGCCCUGUUUGGCAUGACCGACGACUCGUCCAGCAAGGGCCUGCGGGCCUCCACCGGUGACGGAGCGGCCGAUGGUGCGCAAGACUCCAGCAAGGAGAAGGAGAAGGAGGCCGAGAAGGAUAAGGAGGUACCGCAUGCUCGCGAGGCCGAGGUGGCGUAG